AUGAGUCUGGUGGGAGGCUUCCCCCACCACCCGGUGGUGCAUCAUGAGGGCUAUCCGUUCGCCGCCGCCGCCGCCGCUGCUGCCGCCGCGGCCGCCAGUCGCUGCAGCCACGAGGAGAACCCCUACUUCCACGGCUGGCUCAUCGGCCACCCCGAGAUGUCGCCCCCCGAUUACAGCAUGGCCCUGUCCUACAGCCCCGAGUACGCCAGCGGCGCCGCCAGCCUGGACCACUCCCAUUACGGGGGGGUGCCGCCGGGCGCUGGGCCCCCAGGCCUGGGGGGGCCGCGCCCGGUGAAGCGCCGGGGCACCGCCAACCGCAAGGAGCGGCGUAGGACUCAGAGCAUCAACAGCGCCUUCGCAGAGCUGCGCGAGUGCAUCCCCAACGUGCCCGCCGACACCAAGCUCUCCAAGAUCAAGACUCUGCGCCUGGCCACCAGCUACAUCGCCUACCUCAUGGACCUGCUGGCCAAGGACGACCAGAACGGCGAGGCGGAGGCCUUCAAGGCAGAGAUCAAGAAGACAGAUGUGAAAGAAGAGAAGAGGAAGAAGGAGCUGAAUGAAAUCUUGAAAAGCACAGUAAGCAGCAACGACAAGAAAACCAAAGGCCGGACGGGGUGGCCUCAGCACGUCUGGGCCCUGGAGCUCAAGCAGUGA